AUGUCAACUAUCCAAAACUUAAACUCAUUUGACCCAUUCGCUGAUACUGGUGAUUCAGAAGCUCAGCCCACGAAUUACAUCCAUAUUCGUAUUCAACAACGUAACGGUAGAAAAACUUUGACCACUGUCCAAGGUGUACCAAGUGAAUAUGAUUUAAAGAAGAUUUUAAAGGUUUUGAAGAAGGAUUUCGCCUGUAACGGUAACAUCGUUAAGGAUGAAGAAUUGGGUGAAGUUAUUCAAAUGCAAGGUGACCAAAGAGUGAAGGUUAGUGAAUUCUUAACCACUCAGUUGCAGUUGCCAAAGAAGAACAUCAAGAUUCACGGUUUCUAA